AUGUCUUCUUCACGCGCGCCCACGUCCGUGUAUAUCCCACAAAAACCAAAUUUUGGUAAUCCAUAUCCACCGAUCCGACCUCUAACGCGACACCCCGCGUCGAACCCACGAACCACAAAGCCAACACUGAGCACAUCGAAAACUAAACCGCUGAAUAAAUCGCAGCUCACAAUGACGCAAAAGAGGAAAACGACGAUGGGAGAAGUCCCCCCAGAGGUCUUUGAAAUGUUAGGAGAGAAACUAGAGAAGAUGAUAGAACUUAAGAUGGAGAAUGCCAAGUUACAAAGUGAGUCGGUUGUUGAGAAAGGCAAUGGGAAUGAAGAAUUGAAGUUCGAGUUAGAUAAAACGCAGAAUGAAUUGAGAACAGCAACUGAACGCCUCAGAGGCUUGUCGAAUGAAAUUGAGACAUUGAGUCUUGAGAAGAACUCAAUGCAGAGCCAACUCGAAAUCAUGAAAAGAACAGUCGAGACUGCGAACUAUAAUUGUGAAAUGGAGAAACAACUCCAUACCGAAGCUCAAUUCAAACUCGCACAACUGGUGCAACAACUAGAAGCUGCUCAGGGAGAACUUGAGUGUGUUAAAACAGAAUUGGCUAAGAGUGAGGACAAACUAUUAGUCUCUGAAAAGGAAAGGAGAAGAUUACAUAAUGAAGUUAUGGAGUUAAAAGGGAAUGUGCGAGUGUUUUGUCGAGUACGACCGCCAAUGAAGAGAGACGGGACGGCUGUUGAUGUGAUCGAUGAAAACAACACGGUGAUUGUGAAAGUGACCAAUUACAACGGGAAAGUCGAGAAACUACGAUUUGGAUUUGAUCGAGCAUUUGGACCAAGUUCAACACAAGAAAUUAUAUUUGAAGAGAUCAGUCAACUUGUUCAAUCGAGUUUGGAUGGGUAUCAAACGUGUAUAUUUGCGUAUGGACAAACAGGAAGUGGGAAGACAUACACGAUGGAGGGAGAAGAGGGGAAGCCCGGCAUGAUCCCGCUGACAGUCCACCAGAUAUUUAGUACCAUAGAAGAACUGAAAGGUGUUGGGUGGCAGUUUAAAGUGCGUGUGAAGUAUGUUGAGAUCUAUAACAACAACAUCUUCGACUUGUUGGUUGAAAGCAACGAAUCCAAAAAAUUGACAAUUAAGUAUAUAGAUGGCAAUGUGACAUUACCAGAAGCAAGUGUUGUAAAUGUUGAUAAUGGCAAAGAUGUGGAUGGCUUGAUUUCGAUUGCGGUGAGGAAUCGGAGUGUUGCUGAAACCAAAUACAACGCGCACUCGUCGCGGUCACAUAGUGUUUUUAUCAUGGAAAUCUAUGGGAAGAACUUUUCAUCGAAUGAACAGCGAUUUGGGGGGUUAACAUUAGUUGAUUUGGCGGGGAGUGAGAAAGUUGAUGAGGGAGUGAGAGGGGAGCGAUUGGAAGAAACGAAGAACAUUAAUGUGUCAUUGUGUGCAUUGGGAACAGUCAUUGCCGCGAUUGCAAACAAAGAAGGACAUGUUCCAUAUCGAAAUAGUAAAUUAACGGAAUUGCUCCAGCCGUGUCUUGGAGAUGAAUCAAAGACACUUAUGUUUGUGAACAUCUCCCCAGACAAUGAAGAUGUGAGUGAAAGUGUUUCAUCACUCCGAUUUGCAACUAAAGUGAAUACGUGUGUUAUUGGGACAGCUAAGAGACAUGUAAAAUGA